ACUGAACGUUGGGUUCAUGUGCGCCCCGCUCAUCACCACCAACCUGGCAAAAGUAAAUAGCUGGGCCCCUGGAGUCGUAUUCGGCUGCUCUGGUAUAUUUAUCAGCCUCCUAAUGCCGUUGCUCCCGGAGACCAGAAAGAAACCGCUGCCCGAGAAACUCCAAGACGUGGACAAUCGAUGGAGGGAGGGCAAGUUCAAGAAUAAAUCUAAAGGUGCCGGCGCAGAGAAUCUGGCAUACACACAUGAUGGCGGGCGGGAGUUGUGUUCAGUGAAAAAUGGCACAGUUUCUAGUAUCGCGACAGCGGAAUAGAUGCAGUUGUUGAUUUCAAAGAUCUCAUUAUCUCAAGAUCAUUCACCUUAUUUCUUCAUUUUCUUGUGUAACGAACGCCUACAUUUUCCUUCCCUAUUUCAACUGCUGCCAUUGUAGAAAAAGAAAGAGUAUAUGAUUUGGUGUAAAAUAUGUCUGACUAAAAAUGUGUCCUUAGUCAUUUCUCCACAUACAAUACCUUGAUUCCUCUAGACGCACGCACACAACCACACACGCACACAACCACACACGCACACAACCACACACGCACACAACCACACACGCACACAACCACACACGCACACAACCACACACGCACACAACCACACACGCACACACUUAAACUCUCUUCCUCCUCAAUAUGCACCCCUCUUACACAUGUAAUAUAAACUUUUUCCUUCAAAACUGGUACUUUUCCAGACAAACUGGAAUAUGUCAAAGUAAUUCGCUUUUUCAAGUCAGGGAACAGAGGUGACAUAAACAAUUAUCGCCCCAUUUCCAUACUUCAUGCCUUCAAUAAAAUUUUUGAGAAAAUAAUCUCCUUUCGCCUAAUAAAUUAUUUAGAAGCAAAUAGUCUCUUGACGGAACAUCAGCAUGGUUUUAGAGCACAACACUCCACUGAGUCAGCUAUUCUACAGUCUGUUCGCAAUAUAUACACUUGCUUGGAAGAAAUAUCAUACAUCAUAGGAAUUUUUUUAGAUUUAUCAAACGCAUUUGACACCUUGGAUUACAUCUUACUUAAAAAGUUAGAAAAUUUAGGAAUCGGGGGAUUACCAUUAAAAUUAUUUCAUUGCUAUCUCAGUCACAGAAAAGUGUAUUUUGUAAUGCAGUUUAUUCUCCUUUUAAAUAUAUUUCUAGAGGCGUACCACAAGGUUCAGUACUGGGUCCGAUACUUUUUUAUAUAUCAAUGAUAUUGUUAAUGCUAGUUCUAAAUUCAAUUUCAUAAUAUAUGCAGAUGACACUACCCUAAUGCUCAAGGAUAGAAAUUUAGAUAUACUUCACAGGAAUGUAACUUCAAAACUAAAUGUAAAGCAAUGGAUUCAAGCAAAUAAGCUUAAUAUUUCCAGACCUAAUUAUAUUCUUCAAAACAGAUCCAUGACAACUUUAUUGCUCCUGUAUUACUAGAUGGUCAAACUGUAAAACAAAUUGCUUAUACAAAAUUUCUUGGGAGUCCUCAUAGACGAAAACCUAAAUUGGAAAUAUCAUAUUGAUCAAGUAUGUGUAAAGCUCUCUAAAAUAACUGGCAUCUUAUACAGAAUUCGAUACAAUUUGACUACUGAAGCAAUGAUCAGCCUUUUACUAUGAUCUAUUUUAUCCAUCUCACAUAUUGUAUCCCUAUAUGGGAAUGUUCAUGGCCGUCUUUUUUUAAAUAAGAUAACAAUAGCACAAUUUUUUUUUUUUUUUUCGAUGUAUAUUUUUCCUAAAAUGAGUCAACAGUCAAUAUUUUCUCUGAAUUCAGCUUGUUAAAGUUUCCCUUUAUACACAAGUAUUUUACGUUAUUAUUAAUCUUUAAAAGUCUGGGACAUAAUAAAAUUUUCAAGUUGGUAGAAAAUGUUACUCACACGAAGUAAUAAUGUCAACCUGAUUUGUCCAGUAUUUAGAGCAUUGUUAUUUAAAAACAGUGUGAUAAGUUUUGGACCAAAACUAUUCAAUAAUUUGCCUUUUGAUAAAAAAAAAAAAGUUCUAACAACUGCUAAUAAGUUUAGAUUUAAGCUAGAGAUAA